GUUGCUAAUGUACAUAAAAUGAGACUUCACUGUCUCAUGUGCCAGAACUACAUCACCGAUUGGUCAAUUCUCAUUAGUCAUCCUCAGCCCUGAGAAGGUGUGAUGAGUAACCAAACAUGCGGUGAUCGGUGUUAUAAGCAAGAGAUAUACUUAGCAUGAUACACAUCGUUUGGAUAGGGUCCAGUAAUUUGUCACUGGUUCUAAAAGUAAUUUGAUUAAUUUAUCUUGAACACAACGGUAAUCCAUGCCUAUAUAUCCUAAAAUUACGAUGUUCAUAUUGUCAUCAACCAAUCGAAUGGCUGACAACAGAAUAUCUGUUGGUCCUGGCAAUCGUAAUACUCCAGGAAAAGUCUUCAUUUAUACCCGAAAAAUAUCGACCCCCAUGAAACUAUCGAAUUCACCAGAACUAGAGUAGGGUAACUAAGCUGCUCUAUCGAGACUCGAACGGAAGCCUGAAGUCAUGUCUCAGAACCAAAAUGAGAGUUCUAAUAAACCAACUGAUUAACAAUAGCUAGUCCUAGAUAUAUUGGGUGAUGUGGCCUUCAAAUACAUAACAACCGCUUAUUUUAAAACUGUGCUCCGCGGUGGUAUGGAGAAAUGUGAUCUAACACCUUCAGAGAUUUCUCGAUACAGCAGACAGCUCAUUCUUCCUCAGUUUGGUGUUUCAGGUCAACUAAAACUUCGAUCUGGACGUGUACUUAUUGUGGGAUGUGGAGGUCUUGGGUGUCCAGCUGCAGUAUAUCUUGCCGCUGCUGGAGUUGGCACAAUUGGUCUUGUUGAUGAUGAUAAAGUUGAAUUAAAUAAUCUUCAUCGUCAAGUUGCACAUUCAGAAUCGACAAUAAAUAUGUCAAAAGUUCAUUCACUUGCGAAUAGGUGUAUGGAAUUAAAUUCAGCGGUUAAUAUACAAGCACAUGAAAUUCACCUGGAUCACAUGAAUGCAGUUGGCAUUAUAAAAGCAUAUGAUGUAGUUGUAGACUGUUCAGAUAACUUGGCAACACGUUACCUUAUUAAUGAAGCCUGUGCAGUAACUGGACCUAAACCAUUAGUUAGUGGUAGCGCCUUACGUUUGGAAGGACAAAUGACUGUAUAUCUUAGCAAGCGAAUUCGCCCCUCAGAAGAAGUGUUGUCUUCUAGUAACCUUCCUGCAGAGUACCGAGCUCCAUGUUUUCGUUGCCUUUAUCCUGUUCCACCACCGGCAAGUAGUGUUCAAGGAUGUUCAGAAGCUGGUGUUUUUGGGGUAGUUCCAGGUAUCAUCGGCACUAUGCAAGCUGCUGAAGUCAUCAAAAUAUUGACUGGUGUUGGUGAUGUUCACACGGGUCGACUAUUUCUUUUGGAUGUUGAACGUAAUUUGACUCGUUCAGUAAAAUUAAGGGAACCCAGACCAGACUGUCCUGUAUGUGGAAAUGAUGCAGUGAGAAACAGUGUAGACGGACCCUUAACUGAUUAUGUUAUAUUCUGUGGAACACCCAGUUGUGAUAAGCCGCGCAAUAUGAACAUGACAAUGAACAGUCAUCGUAUAACAGUUCAACAACUAAAAGGCUAUAUUGACUCUCAAUCACCAUAUUUGCUUAUCGAUGUUCGUCCGAAAACUGAAUUCGACAUAUGUCAUCUAAAGUCAUCUAUGCAUGUACCCAUAAGUGAGCUUUUUCGUGAUUCAGUCAUAUCAGAAAUUCGACAAAUGAUGGAUACCCAAAUUAGCAAAGGAGCUACUUUACCUUUUCCUGUAAUUCUCUUGUGCUAUCGUGGUAAUAAGUCGGCAGAAGCUGCACCACUUUUAAAAAGCGCACUAUUAUCUCUCCGAUGUUCGAAUUCUGAUCAUGAUCUAAACGGUAAAGUUAAUGAUUCGAUACAAGAAGAAUUAAAGAGUUCUAAUACUGAAUCCAAUCCUAGUGACUUCAUAGUUUGUGAUGUUGCUGGAGGUCUUUCUGCGUGGUCAAUGGAGAUCGAUCCCAACUUCCCUAUAUACUGACUCGCUCAAACGGUUAUUAUUUUUAUUAAACUAGGAAAUCAUUCAAAAUUCCAACUUAAUUGAUAUUUCAUGUGUACUUAUAUGAAUAAAGUUGGUUUCUACAUUUUCUUGGAUUUAACUCUAAUAUCACCAUUAUGGCUGUGUAUCCAUCUGUGAAAGUGUGAGCAAAUCACUGACAAGUGGACUGAGCCAUGUUGGCGGUUGUAGACUACCUGGUUGAGACGAUAGCAACCGAUGGUCAGAGACCUUGGACGACAUGACUCAAAAUUGUUUGCAAUGGCGACGGUGCAUCCACUCUUUGUGUUCUUCUGAAUUCUUCAUCUUUUUUUCUCUUUCCAAAUUUAUUUCAAUGGAUUAUGCUCCUUGAAUGACAUCUUCAAACCCUAAUUUUUCCGAUUACUGCUUAUAUUUUUACUACCUCUAUUACUACGGGAUUUGAAUCGACAAUUGUAUCUCUGUACUAAUGUAGUAUGGCAAAUCGAAAUGAUGUACUUACGUCGUUGAUGACUGACUGAAAUAUAACUGAGUUUUACCAGCCAUCUUCAUAGAAGUAUUUAUUUAUUUAUUUGAAUACAUAAAUAUUGGUACAAAGCGUCACCGAAUACAUAUGCGCCACAUUUUGUCAUUCGAUUUGAGUGAGAGCUGGGAUACGGGUGUCCAAACUGAAGCAGGUGGUUUUCUUAGGGGACCACACCCUGAGCCUUUGACUUAGAGGUCUAGUCCACACGGCGAUGGGGCAACGUAAGGAGAUUCAGUCCUAUGGUAGCCGGUAACUAACAGUUGGUUUAUACACCAUUGGUUCCUUCAGAAUCUUGGAGCCCAUGUGCACAAUUGGCUUGGAAUCAGGGUUUUCCGACUCCGUAUCCACCAACCCGGUUAAAGCCGGGACACUCGAUUUUCAUCCUCUCAAUUUUGUAAACAACACUCCGGCCGCGAUAAGGCAUGGAGUAGGACUUCCCUGGCAGUGGCUCUACGCACGUAGCCAUAUGAGAGCAUUUCGAUAGGCAGAGCGAACUCCCCACUCUCGGCCGUACUAGGGUAUUUGGGGGGCAUAGAAGUGUUUCAGACUCUUGCUCCGGGUUCUUAAGAUUAAUUUGAAGUGACAUUUAGUCAAUAUAUUUAGUAUGUUAUUGCAUAUAAUUAUUAGAUAAUAUGUUUACCGGUGUUUUAUUGUUUGGAGAUGUACGUUAUUUUACUUAUCCUACGUGAAACUAUUUGAUCAUCAAGUCAUUUUGUUUUCUGGCAACUGGAUAAGAUAUACAAAGAAAUAUUAAGAAAUCAUUUUCAUAACUAAUAAGCGCAUAUUAGCAUUUGGUUAAAUGUUUGAGAUUAUGAGGACGAUAAUAUUCAGAUUGUUCAGUUGAUUGGACUUUAAUUCGACCUCUUAACAACAUUUUGGCUAUCCAUAAACCGACAUAUUAGCUAAACUAUAGUUUAAGUUGAAUGCCGGAAAGGUGCUUGCUGUUAUGCACAAUAACAUUGUUACCGUAUGUGUGUUACUUCUUUUUUUUACUCAAAAAAUAUCACAAGCUAGCUCACUUCUUAACUCGUUUCAUAACGAUUUGAAAUUGAGUAUCAGUUAGUUGAUCUUGUUCGUUUGUCUCACGGUAGAGCUUGUCUAUCAAUUCCAAUGCAGUUGUGCGCUCUAAAUUUAACAAAAUAUGGGUGAAAUUAUAUAAUUGAGUCAGAAAUUAAUAAAAAUAGGAUUUAUGUGUUCAAUGCGUGGAAAAUUAAAUAAGGGCAAACAGUUUUAAUAACCAAAAAUUUUCUUCAACUCACAAGGAAACCUAAUGCGUUCCACUAAAUAAAUCAAUAUUAUAGUGUUUCGGACACAUUUAACUUUCACUACAUAAAGAAUUCUGUAUGACAAAUGCUUACUAUGGCCGUUAAAAACUUGGAAUUGAAUAAAACCUUUUUAAUAUUAAACGUAUAUUUCAAACUAUAGAUAUCAAGUUACUUAAAUACUGUUGACAAAACUCCUUUGGUAAUUUAAUUGUUGUUUUAAUUCUAUAUGAUAAAAGAACCAUCAUCUGAUACAUAGUAAUAAAAUACACGUGUAUUGAAAAUCAAGUCCUAUCAACUAAUUUACUUGAACAUGCAUAGAUGUCUGUAUAGAUUGUUGUAUUUCGCAAUUUACAUAUCGGACUGGCUUUGAUUAGAAAACCAGGAAUCAGUGGAUAGCUGUUUUGUUCUGAUAUGCGGCUCAGAAGUGCACAUCCAUGACAUUCGGUUUUGGACCCAGGACCUUCAAAACUCGUGGCGAGCCCUUAAACUUUAAACAACUGAGCCAACAUCCAAUGGUUUACAUGACUAAUUUCAGCCAAUUCACGGUGUUUUGCAGCGGUGCUGCAUUGCCGUUACUCGCGACGUGGUUGGUUCCAUUGGUUACUGCUUCUCACUAAACUCCGGGACUUACCUUUCGAAACUAGUCACUAAUGAACACGUGAUAAGUGAUUGCUGAAUUUGUAUACAUACGGACACAACGAAUUAUAGAUCAACUCCGCAUUAGCUUCCUGUUUUUCAUAAUCUCAGAAGCAGACAGUCAGGGCUGAUAUUACUUGCAUCUAACUAAUGGGACAUAAAGGACAAUGUCAGUAACCUGAGAAUUUAACUCAGCUGUUACUAUGUCAUAAUGUAUUUCAUACUUAGUCUUCGCUUGUCCACGCCGCUCACUGGCAUGUUUAUUUAAGCAUUUUCUAUUUUUGUACUGAACUAAUAGAUACUCAGAAAUGUCCCGUCAGGAUCCGAACGCUAUGGGGAGCGAAGGCAACUUAAAUAUAGACUGAUGGAAAAUCGAACCAGAGAUUGUAAAAUGUGCUAGGCAAGCUAUAGGUAACAGUGGACAACUUUUAAAAAUUACCAAAAAAAACAUAUUAGGUAUUCGGGAGAUAGGGGAGCUUUCUCUGCCAAAGGUGUGACAGUGAUCCACUUUCAACCCUGGAUGGUGGAACGAUAGACAGAACAUCCUGGAAACCAAGUUAAAUGCUCUCCAGCUACCAUAGAGUGUCCUACUUUUACCAAGAAACCUAAAUAGGAUAUCGACAUAACCUCCCCGACUGAUGAAGUAGAAAAAGUCAUAUCUGAUUUUGAUCGGAUGAAAUCAGUAAGCUCUAAUGGAUUAACUUCUAAACAAUUUAGGGAAGGCAUUUCAGAUUGUCUGAGAUAUCACCUACAGCCUCACAACUGAACUUAAUCCCAUCUAACUUGUCUUGAUCGUUGAUAACUUCAGUCUGUAAGAAUGAAAAAAUUCUCUUGUAGUAACUCCAGAGGAAUCAGUUUAAGUAACAUAUUGUCUGAAACACCGGCCUCAGUAAUCAUUCAACCCUUAACUAGGGCUCGUGAAGAGCAAAUUUGUGGAAAACAAGCUAGUUACAGAACUGGACAAAUCCGUGGAUCAAAUAUUUACCUUUUGGCGGUUUCUGUAAAACAGAUACACUUGUAGUAAGCCCAUUCAACUACUGCAUUAUUUAUCUGCUCACUGUAAUUUAGACAGUUAAUCCACUAUGUAAUUUUCUGUGUGAGUGUGAUUGAGCACCUUGUCUGCACAUCAAUUUUUAAUCUAUUCUCCCAUUGGUUGUAAUACACAAACAAUCAAUAAUUUAUCCAUAGUUGAUUAAUACUCAUAAAUAUAUAUGGAUUUUUAACACGCACUCUUGGUUUCCCUAUGUGCUUGCUUCAUGAACGUUUUCGGAUUUUACCAAUCUUUAACAAUAAACUAUCUCGAUGACAGGUGUUCAGGCUUUCUGAUAAUCUCGAGUAAAUCUAUAAUUCUAUUAGGAGACUUAGCCUUCAUUAAAUACUCAGUUAACGGGAUACUAUUUAUUGGAGUCAGAUAUAGGGGAAAUCAGCCUCUACAUACUCUUCAACGUCCUACUAUAGUUGUAUUCCUUGACCUCAAGGUCGUGUUGCAAUCACACUGGGGCAUUGACUCCUUGUUUCUCUUCAGAU